UUUGUAUAUUUUGCAUUUUUAGGGCUCAAGUUCAAAAAGUGAGUCAUCAGAGUUUAUGUGUAGUGACGCAUCUGGCCAAGACACGAUCUUUGGCGCUGGUGACGUAACGGUUGCCUGCAAUUCAACAUGGCGAAUAUCCGGUGUGUCAAGAAUAUGGUGGGCCUGGUGACGGGCGGAGCGUCAGGUCUAGGCCGGGCCACGGUGGAGCGUCUGGUGCAAAGUGGAGCGUCGGCCGUCAUCGUGGACCUGCCGUCUUCCGAAGGAUCAGCGCUGGCGGCUGCUCUUGGAGACAGAUGUGCCUUUGCACCAGCAGAUGUGACGUCAGAAUCGGAAGUGCAGUCUGCUGUGAACUUGGCACGAGACAAGUUUGGCAAAUUAGACCUGGCUGUCAACUGCGCCGGGAUUGCCGUUGCAGUCAAAACGUACAACUUCAAGAAGGACGUCCCUCACAGCUUGGACGACUUUCAGCGCGUCAUCAAUGUGAACAUCGCAGGAACCUUCAACGUGAUUCGUCUAGCUGUGGGAGCCAUGGCUAAAAACGAGCCGGACGCAGACGGCCACAGGGGCUGCAUUGUCAACACUGCCAGCGUGGCCGCCUUUGAUGGGCAGGUCGGUCAAGCUGCGUAUUCGGCAUCUAAAGGCGGCAUCGUCGGAAUGACCCUUCCCAUUGCGAGGGAUCUGGCCCCGAUGGGCAUCAGGGUCGUCACUAUAGCGCCAGGUCUGUUCUCCACUCCCCUGCUAGCUGGACUUCCAGAGAAGGUGCGCUCCUUUCUGGCGCGUCAAGUCCCCUUCCCCUCACGUCUGGGCGACCCUGCUGAGUUCGCACACCUGGUGGCGGCGCUAGCCGAGAACCCCAUGAUUAAUGGGGAGGUCAUUCGAUUAGACGGGGCCAUUCGCAUGCAGCCGUGAGUGCGGCUGUGUGUGCGCUCAUGCGCUGAUUUGUUUUCAUGGGAAAAUGAAGAAUGAAAGCAAGGCCCCUCUGAAUGGGACAAUAGAUCUAGAAAGUUUUCAGUCCAUCGUAUUACCGCCUAGUUGUUUGGUAAACCGCUUUGAAAAUAAAGCUCUGGUUUGGAA